UCGGCACUAGCCAGUGGACGCGAACGGUGGUUUGUUUGUAAUGUAGUUAAGUCAAAUACUGCACAUGAAAAUGGCGUAGUAAGGUGGUAUAACGCCGUAAUUAUCAUCGCAUAGAUAUGUCGUGAAAAGUUUCGAACAGUGAAGAAGCGUCUAUCAAUUGACUUUUUAAGCAUUUAUAACGAUACCGUCCAAUUAAAAGCAUUGUGAUUAAUUCGAUGGAUCACUUAUCCUAAUAACAGCGUGAAAAGUGUGUUGUGUGUUGGUGACUCGUACUGUGAUUUGACAACGGAUGUGUUCGAAUUCCUGUUAAUGUUUUAGAGGUCGAACGAGAUGUACAAGCUUAAUUAAACUAACGUAAUUCAAUUUUCAUGAAGAAUAUCCAACGAUGGCACUCAUACUUGGGAGAAAUCAAGAAUUUUUCCUCGUGACAGCUUGACGACCUCGACUCCAGACGAGUUCAAGAUGGCGCCACCGGCAUUUUGACACUUGCCCAAGAUUCGUCAGCUGGAUUUUACAACCGCUCCAAGUUUCGAUUAUGAGCAGAGAAUUUUACGUUCCUUGUACACCCUACACUUAUCAGGUAAGACGCUAUCUUCUAAAACUAACUCAUAAACAAGUAAAACAUGUUUCGUCACGUGAAUGUUACGAUUCUUCAUAUUUGCAUGUAUUCUGUGGCAGCGGCGGUGGGUCGACGGAGGGCAUCGUCGGGAGCGUAAGCGGGAGCGGGAGCGGCGGCAACAGCAGCAGCGGCGGCGGUGGCAUGGAUUGCAUGCCCCUGCGUCCAGGCCCCUUUCACUACUUGAUAAGCGAGCAGGCGAAAUCGUUGCUCGCCCUGCAGGAGUUGCAGAAUGAGGUCGGCGCCCUUCUCGAGUUCCGGGACCUCGUCAUCGAGACGUUCCCGAACCUCCGGCACAAGAUGGCCGCCACGGCGUCCGCGGGAGCGUCCGUGAUGACGUCGUCCUCGUGCACCCAAAACUCCCACAUCCCUCUGCCGCUUUCGAGCCCUUCCUCGAGGAGGAUCAACGAAUGGGAGCCUGGCAAGGUGAGGAGGCGAGUUCCCCGCGAGGCGGGCGGCGGCGAAUCGUCCUCGUUGCCGAGAAGUCGCAGCAACUCGCACAGCGGUGGAACAAAGAACAAUUGCAGCGCCACGGUGCAGGAUUCCGGGUUCAGCACCGAGACGUCCUCCAAAGACAGCGCCUCGACCGCGAUAGCGCCCAGACCGAACAGUCCCAGGCCCGCUAUUCUGGACGAGGCCGAGGACGAGCUGUGGAACCUGUUGGACGUGAUCCAUCGUAAAGGGAUCAGGCUGAGAGAGGAGGUGGAGUGUUUGCAGGGUCGGUUGGAAAGCGUGGCGUCCGAGGAUCUCGGCUCGACCGACAUCCUCGACGCUGUGAGGAAGGUCGCGUGUCUGGAGGACGAGAAGGCGACGGGCGUGGGGUCGAGCGAGCAGGGCAGCAAGGCGGAUGAGAACGGGGAUUCUAGCAAGGAUUCUCAAGUGAUAGCUCUGAGGAGGGAGAAGGAACAGCUGUUGGACAAGGUGGCGGAGCUGGAAGCCGAAACGAUAUCGAGCCGAGCCAGGGCGCAAGAGUUGCAGUCGGAGUUGGCCGCGUUGUCCGCGUUGAAGACGGGCCUCGAGGACCGGUUGAGGGCCGGACUGGCCGACACCUGCUCGGAUAUACGCGUGCCCGGCGCCCAGAGGCUGCAGCCCAUAACACCCGCCCUGCCCACCCUUCUUUCCACGCCGAAGAGCAACAACGUUGGCAAUAUUAAGAGCAAGUCUUCGGCGUUCGCGCCCGUCGCGACGUCCACGACGAAGGCUCACAAGAACCGCUUCCGGACGAGGACCAUCGAGAAGAACGUGCUGCUGGACGUUACGGCUCGCAACGACGAGCUCCGCGACAUCGACGUCGAGGCGAGCGUGAACGAGAGGAGGGCACGGCUGGGUGCGUUGGAUUCCGUCCUCGUGUCCCCUACCAGGGUUGCCCACGUGAAGGACGUUGAUUCGAAGAAGAUCGCUGCCAUCCUAAGGGAGAACUCCCCCCUCGAGCUGCAGCGGCAUUUGAUCACCACUACCGUCCAUAAUCAGGUCCUACAAAAGAGAUUAGACGAGGUGGAGAAAAGUACGGAAACCCUCUCGGAACGGUUAGACAAGGCGCGAGAAGAGAACGACGACCUACGUUUCCAGUUGGAAGAGAGGAACAUCGAGUUGGAAGGCACACGGGCGCGCGUGCGCGUGUUGGAGAGACUGCAGCAGAGGCCGCCGACGGAAGCUGAUCCGGCGGAUGCGGACGGGGAUCAACCGAGAUGCGAGCAGAACGGUUUAGAGCCGGGGAGCAGCACGGAGUCGGCUCGCGAUCAUCACCAAACCGUCGAGGUGAAACCUUCGCCCCGGCGUCGUCCUAGUCGUAUACCCUUACCCGGUGCCACCGCGAAGGCGGCUGCGCCCAGGCCUCCUAGCCACGGAAGGAACGAUAGCAAAGAGUCGUUGAAGUCGUUGACGAGGCCUCCCCGUGAUUCUAGUCGCGACAGCCACUGCGGCAAGUCGUUGUCCAAGGCUCGUGACUCGAAUCGCGAUUCCCUGGGGAACAAAAGCCUGACCAAGAGCGGCAACAGCAGCGGAAGCGGAGGUGGAAGCAAUAACGGGAACGGAAACAGCAAGGAGACGAACAGGGAGUCCCUGAACAGGUCCCUGCCGCGUAACAAUUCCAGCCGAGACUCCUUAAACAAAUCCUCCUCGCUGUCCCGCGCCCGAGACUCGCUGGAGUCUAACAACCUCGGCGCGUCCUCAUCCCCGGGGACGACUCCUCCUCGACGACCGCCCGCUCCUGCACGCCGUUCCUACAGCCUGGCCCGCGCCUCGUCAUCCGUUGAUACCGAGAACGGCAAGAGUUGCACCGAACCACCGAGUUCCUGGUGCUCGACCAACGGCAGCUUCCGGCACAGCGAUUCCUCCUUGUAUCCGGACUCCUUGAAUCAAGAGACCUCGUCGGUCACUGGCACUACAAGAGUGGAAUUCAUCAUCGGUUCGCCGACCAGACGCUUCCGUCAGAGCUCUGUCUGGCCACACCGCUAUUUCGAUAGCAUAGACUCGGCGGCCAUUCCGGAAAGUCUGUUAACUGACGAAUUUUCGCUUCGACGUGGCGAGGCACUGGCUGAGUGCGAUUCUCUCGAGUGUCAUCCGAUCUCGAACGAGAGUUGAAUCGCGGAGAUAUCGUUUGUCGGCCAAAAUAUCUGAGGAAUUUUGAUGGAUUGAUUCGUUGAAUCGAGCAUUUAGAACGAUAUUGAAGAUGAAUGAUCGAUCUUUCGUUGCGAUCCGUUUUAAUUUUAAUCUUCGAAUAGUCUUCCUAAUAGUGCUGUAUAUUGUUGUAAUAAAGAAGUAUGCAUGUUUUUUUUUUUAAUGCUAUUCAUAUUUGUAUAAAUUGUUAGAAGAAUUUAAUAGUUUUCUUCUCGUUGGUUGUUGCUUUUAUUUUCUGAAAAUUUUUUAAAGAAAUAAUGAAAUGUUAAAAUAUUUACACGAAUGAAACUGGACUUUUCUGUUUUAAGAUAUUGUCAAAUUAACCAAUUGAAGGUUAAAUGUGAAUAUUUUUUUUAUGAUCAGUUAUAUGAUCAAUUUUUUUUUAGAGAAGAUUUAAAAAGUAUUACUAUAUUCAAUAUUGUACGAUCCAACGAUGAAGAAAGUUUAAAGUUUUUAACUCUUGUGAAUUUGAUAUCGAUUUUAUAAAUAUUUGUUUUUUCUUUUUAUUUUAUAUCGAUUUUUAGUAUUAAAUUUUUAUGACCAAUAAUAUUUUCAACAAUUGACUUAAUUUGUUGACAUAGAAAAUCGUACGUGUAAAUUCUUUUAAAAGUUUUAUUUUAACGAAAUAAUAUUAAGAAUCGUGCGAGUUUAAAACAUCAAGAUUCUUCAGUAUACAGCAAUUAAUGAUCAUAGGAACAAAAUAUUUUUGUAAUAGCUGAUUGCGCCAAUUAUCAUUUCACAUUAAUCAUUUUCACGUUUUGCAUUUUAGAUGCAUUUUAUCAUGUGAAUUUUUCUUAGAGUUUACAAGUCAAGCAUUUCAAGCAUUAUGGAAUUAUAUUGUGUAUUUUCUAACUGACAGAAAAUGAAUCAAUUUUUUUAAUUUCCAAUAGUAAAAUUGUAUAUGUUUAGACGCAGAGAUUGAUAAUCAUGUAUGAUACACCGACGUGUGUUCAUUUGCAGUGUCGAAUGAAAGAUAUAUUGAUGUAUAUAAUUUUCGAGCUAAAAUUUUUAUUUAUUGAAAAACUACUUUUUAACUACGUGACAAAUAUACCCUUUAUCGUUCUAUAAAAAGAAUUAUUGUAAUAAUUCUUUAAGGGAACAAUAAUGACUAUCAACAUUAUUGUCGAUCUAAUUUUUUUGUUCUAUAAAUCUUCAAUAAAUAAAAUCGUUGAAAAAUGUAAGAUAAAAUAAUUUUAAAAAGUACAAGCAUUUUCUUAUGAACUUUGGUAAAAACGAAACCAAAGUUAGGAAUACUUUUUUGUCCCCAAAAAUGAAUAGGUCGAUAGAUACAUAUUCAUAUUUCAUUGUUUGUCGACAUUAAAUUAAUUGACAUUGUAUAUAAUAUUUUAUAAAAAAUUGUUAAUACCCAUAAGUUAACGUAAAACUUACAUUUUCAAUAGAAUAUACGAUUGUUCUUGAAAAGCAAAAAUAUUACAAAUGAAUGGAUUUUCACUGUAUAAUUUUAACAUCAUUUGUUAGUACAUUUUCAAACGUUAAAUAUUUUCAUGAAAAUAAAUUUGGAUUUUUAUUGCUCGAUAAAAUGUAUUUUUUCGCAUAAAAUAAUUAUUUAUACAACCAACUUCAAGAAUAAGUUUGUUCGACAAACUUUUAAUUACUUGAUACCAGUUUGGUAAGAUACAUAUUUUUUAUUAUUUCCAAUUAAUCAUUGAUGGAAUUUUUAAAAUAUAUAUUCCAAUAUAUGCAUUUUAAAUUUGUAUUUUUUACCUUAAGACUGUAUUAUGUACUAAUACAAAAAUUGUCUUGUUAUUGUCGAAUCAUCUUUCAUAAAAUUAUAAAACGUCUUUUAUAUUUAUAUACUUUAUGUUUACACUGAAGUGAAUUUUUUUAAUCUCUUCAUGCUAAAUAUGUUAUCCUUUUAAUAUUUUGAAAUAUAUUUAAAAAUAUUUUACUUGGCAAAUGUUUGAAACAAUAUUUUUGAAGAAAUAAAGUAGCUUUUGCUACUAUUAAAAAAAAAAUAAUAAAGAUAUCUAUAUAUAUAAAUCAAAUAUGUAAUUAAAUGAAUAUUAUAACAUUUUUUUUAUUUAACAUUAUAUUAAUUUAUUAAUGAUAUAAUUUAAAUUUAUAAAAAAUUAAUUUUUUUUGUUUUAUAUUUUUUAUAUUUACAGAUGCAUGAAAAGAUUAAUAAAGAUCAAAUAUAAAUGAUAUUACAAUCACUAGCACAUUCCAUGCUGCAAAUUCAACAAUCUCGUAUUCCAUAUAGCAUUUGUACCUUUCAUUUAAACUUGCGUUGUGAUUAAUGUAAUUUAUUUAUUGUAUGUGUGUGAAACCUGUUGUGAUAUAUUCAACAGAUAUUCAUAUGAAAAAAAUUAUUUAUGAGGAAACUUUUGAAAAAUGUGUCUCUUGAAAUUUUAUUUAAUUUUAGAAGGGAUUUUUAAAAGGAAGAAAAUUAAAAAAAAAAAAAGAAUGAUAGAAAGAAGCCUGUACGAAUAAAUCUUAUAAAAACAUAAAAACACACAUAUCAGGCGAAAUUAUGUGAAAAAUGUAUCUCUGACAAUACUCUCAAUUAUCACGUAAUAUAGAUACUAUGGAUUGUAAAAUUUAAAUCGAACUCUUUUUUGAGUCGACCAAAAAUUUGUCAACCGUUGAUGAAUGCUUGUUGUUUGGGAAAUUUUUAAAAUAAUCGAAGGAUUCUUCUUUGAUAAAUACAAAGUAGAAAAUUUUCUACGAAAAUCAUAAAUCUCAAGAAUCUAAAACUGUGAAAAUAAAUCAUUAUUUUCUAACAAUUUCUCUAUUAUUUUUUUCAAAAUAGAAACAUAUCGAAAUAUCUUUAUUUUUAUGAAUUCUUCGAAUCUUCAAAAUUCCCAAAUAUAUAUUCUCAUUUAAACACGUAUCCAUACCGAGAAGAAAAAGAGCAAUUGCGUGUUGAGAAAGAGAAGAGAAUGAGAAUGUGAAAAAGGAGAAUGUCAUUUUCAGUAUAAAAAGAAAAACAUAUUAGCUAUUGUGAGCUAGAUUGAUAGGUCAUCGGACCUAGAAUUAGUCGGAUCGUAUGACUCGAGUUUAAUGGCUCGGUAAGAGACACUACCACACAGUUCCUUGCUUCAACUUAUUUCGUUAUUUAUAAAAGUGAAGGAAAAAAGAGAGUAGUAACCACGAAGACAUCGUUAAUCAUAGUGAUUGAUUCUACGCGUGCUGCUAAUUGUUACAAUGGAUAUUGUACGAAGUAAAAAAAAAAAAAAAUGAUUAAAAGAAAAAAAACAUGUGAUUAACUUUGUAGCUGAAACUCACAUAGGACUGACGAACUUUACUUACUAUAUUAUAUUAUUGUUUUAGUGCCUAACUAUUUUUACGCGAAUAGAAAGAGAGCAGAUGAGUGAAUGACCGCGCGAGAGAAAGAGAGAAAGAAUGAAACUAAAAUGCCAUGUGUGAAUUGAGAGACAAGUUUCCGUUUUUUAGCCGCCGUAUUUGUGUCUCGAAAUGCAAACGCAUAAGAAACGAAUAAUAAAUACGAAUAAAGUAAAAAAUAAAGUAAAAAAAGGAGGCGAAAAGUACGAAAAAUAAAUGCUCAGAUACCAAUUUUUCCAUACUCGCGUGUGUACAGUUGGCGGACUGUAACAGUAUGCCAACUGGAGGCUAUUAUUUUUAUACUUUUAAUUAACGACUGUGAAAAUGAGAGCGAGAAAGAUUGUUGAAUAGACUGCGUCGACUUUAGCGGCUUCCUUUUUUUCUCGAUGAUAACUAUCUUUCAUCGUCGUUGUAUUAUACUUGAUCACUAGACUUACCAUCAGGUUUCCUGGCCAUCACGCCACCAUGCGGCCACCGAUGACUAAGAACGAUUGUUUUAUUAUCGACAUACAUCCGACACAAUUUGUAUAUGUAUAUACGUAAUUACGGCAUCGUGAAUUAUUUAAAGAAAGUUAGUUUAAAUGUACAGAUGAAUCUGUGUAACACGAUAUCUGCGAUAAUGUGAUCCAAUUAAUAAAUACGAUAUUACAUAG